CCGGCCAAGCGUGUAUUGAACUGUAUAUGCUUCCGUUAUAUAAGUACAAUUGAAUUUUAAUUUAAUUUAAAACCUUUAAUAUCUUGUGAGAAGUCAAAUUCUCAUCAGUUAUUUAUUUUGAUUUUGAACUCUAUAUCAAUAAAAUGAAGUGAAAAAAAAAACAGUUUUGUUUAGUCUUACGCGUUGACUGUACUUCUUUGAUUUUACCAAGGCUUGUGAACCAAUGUACCAUUGCAUUCUUCAUCAAAAAUUACCUCUUAUGAGACUGUAUGACAUCAUAUCUAUAAAUGUUUUUAAUUUCAAAAAUUAAACAUAGAUAAUUUUAAUAUCUUAAUUGAAUUGGAGUGUCACAAGGUUCUAUACUAAGCCCUUUGCUAUUUUAAAAUUAGAAAGUAAUAGUGAAUAAAACGUAAUAAUAACAGUGCAAUAAAAUAAAGUAUUUAUUUUUAUUAUUUACGUUAGUAUUUAUUUUUAUUUAAAAGAUGAAUGAAGUUCAUAAAUGACCACAUGAGCACAAGAUGUGUUUAAUAAUAAUCAGACAACAAAACCAAAACUAAAGUCUGUAAAGUGUUCUAAUUUGUCACGUUAUACCACCGUACGAUAGUUUUAGUUGCUCGUACUAUAAACUAAUCAUAAAGUUAUUUAAUAAAAUUAGAUUUAUAUAGUAGGUAAAUAAACUGUUACUUUCAAAUGCAUUGAGUGCUGAAUCGGUGUCCUAUUGGUAAUAUACAGAAUCUUAUUAUGAAUGUCAAGAUUGUUAAGACUGGAUAUGAUAAUUAUAAUUAUACCUAUAUCUGUAUACGUUCCCGCAUAGAUUUCAUGAUUUACGUAAGAUUGCUUUUUAAUGCUCCUAUAUUUUUUUAAUUAUAUAAUGUGUAUGACAUCCUUUUCUCAUUGUUACAGAUUACCAGUGUUAGGAGUGAUUACAUAGACUUAAAAUCCAAUUCAAGAUGGCGAUUGUCCGAGUGUUAUUUUGUCUCUGCUUUUUACACAUGGCGUUGGCGAAAGGAUCGGAGGCACAGAUCGAAUGCACGCAAGAAGUAAUGAGGGUGACAGUACCUAUGGACGGGGACAGGAGAAUAUCUUACUUAGACCAAAUGAAAGAUUACGAACCUUGUCAGCCGAAUCUCGAAGGGAAAAACGCUAUCUUUGUUUUAGACUUGCAAGACCCUUACAAAUGUGGAGUUACUAGGGUUUUGAAUAAAAAGACGGGAAAAAGAACUUACUAUCAUAAAGUAGUAAUAGAGGGCGCUGGCGGCGAUCGAGAGACAGUCCUGGUGAGGUGUGUCGUCACUGGCAAAGCCAGAACACUCACCAGGAGAGAAGUCCAACCAUUCCCGUUAGAUUUCAAUGAACCAGAUGUUCUGAAUAUAACACGAAACGAAGUCGGACACGCACCAGAACCUAUGCUGUUCGCUGUUGUCAAGAAAAAUGGUGUGCCGUAAGUAUCUUUCAACUUUCGCAAGGGUCGGUCACGGUAUGGGUGACCAAAAAAAUUAUUAUCUCGAGCUACUCCGUGCUUCGGAAGGCACAUUAAGCCGUUGGUCCCGGCUGCAUUUGCAGUCGU